UGGCUAGCGCAGCGCCCGCAGUUCAACAGCACGUCGAUGAGAAGCAUCCGCGUCAACUGCUCGAUGUGAUGGCUUUGCUCUGGAUGCGACACGAUCUGUGUGACGUCGGUCUUGUGGUCGGCGACCGUGAAAUCACGGCCCACAAGGUCGUCCUGUCGGCGGCGAGUCCGUAUUUCAGGGCCAUGUUUACAGGUGAGAUGUCUGAGAGCAAGCAGUCGCGCGUAGUUAUUCGCGACGUGUCGUACGAGGCGAUGUCGAUGCUUGUCAACUACGCCUACACGGCGAAAAUUCACAUUGGAGAGGAGAAUGUGCAGGCGUUGCUUUCAGCCGCCUGUCUACUACAACUGAAUGGGGUGAUAGCCGUCUGCUGCGAGUUUCUCAUACGGCAACUCGAUGCGAGCAAUUGUUUGGGAUUCAGCGACUUCGCUGAGCGUCACAAUUGUCGAGAUCUGCUGGCGGCCGCUGAUAAGUACACACUGCAGCAUUUUCAGACGGUUGCGGAUGGCGAGGAGUUUCUGAUGUUGCCACCUGAACAUCUCGCACGCCUCCUCGCUUCGGACGAACUGAACGUUCAACCAGAAGAGCAGGUGUGGGAGUUGGCGAUGCGUUGGGCAAAGCACGAGAUUCACACACGGAGCCAACAUUUGGCUUUGGUGAUGCAGAACGUUCGGUUCUGUCAGUUCACACCCAAAUUUCUUGUAACUCGAGUCAGCAGUGAACCCCUAAUGAAGUCAGACAUAGUUUGCAGAGAUCUUAUUGAUGAAGCCAAGAACUCACACCUCGUGCCCGACUAUCGGAGUCGGUUAAGAACCACACAUGUUCAGCCUCGCCGACCGGUUCAAGAUAGUCAAGUGAUGUAUGCUGUGGGCGGUUGGUGCAGUGGAGAUGCGAUCAAUACCGUUGAACGGUUCGAUGCUGUGAACAAUGAGUGGUGUGUAGUAGCUGCUAUGGGGAAACGUCGAUGUGGUGUUGGGGUAACCGUAUUGAAUGGAUGCGUAUAUGCACUGGGAGGACACGACGGUGCAUCGUACUUGAAUAGUAUCGAGAGAUACGACCCAAGAAUGAACCAGUGGUACUCAAACGUUGCACCAACGAGCACGUGCCGGACAAGUGUGGGUGUGACAGUGUUGAAAAAUAUGAUCUAUGCAGUUGGUGGGCAGGAUGGAAUAAGCUGUUUGAAUAUCGUUGAGAAAUACGACCCUGUAAAGAACAAAUGGCAGCGUAUUGCACCAAUGAGUGCUCGUCGAUUGGGAGUAGCCGUGGCCGUCGUCAACGAUGUCUUAUAUGCAGUGGGAGGAUCAGAUGGCACAUCGCCUCUCUAUACCGUAGAGAAGUAUGACCCUGGAAGUAAUACUUGGACGUUUUGUGCCCCAUUGUGCUCACCCCGAAAACAUCUCGGUGUUGCAGUGCUUGGCAACUGCUUGUAUGCCGCCGGUGGACGCGACGAUUCUUCGGAAUUAAACACUGUUGAACGUUACGAUCCAAGUGCCAAUCAGUGGUUUCCCGUUGCUUCGAUGAUGUCACGAAGAAGUGGAGUCGGUCUGGCUGCUGUCAAUGGAAAGUUGUACAGCGUCGGUGGGUUUGAUGGCUCCACGUACUUGAAGAGCGUGGAGUGUCUCGACGUGGAGGCAAACCAGUGGAAACCGGCCGCUCCUAUGAAUUACCGUCGCCUCGGUGGUGGAGUUGGAGUCAUCGACACCAUGUGUACACAAUCGGGACUAGAGCAGUAACAAUGUGUAGUCUACACGGAUGUAUUACACGUAUACCCUGUAAAUAGCACUUCAUUCUGUACAUGACGUUAUGUAUAGAGUUAGAGUUCUGUGUGAUGAUUUUCAUCACUUAGUUCGCCGUCUUGCGAUUCCUCGUCUUCUACACUGUUUAAAACUGCUUGCAGUUGAUCUGUGUCCGCGUUUGUUAUCUCGUCUGGAUGGAUCGUUCCAUCUUGAUUUGAAUCAAAUAGAUUGGCCAGUUUCUAAACAGGA